CGUGAGGCUCGCAGGGAGUAUCUGGAGCGCCACGUGCCUGGGGCCUCCUUCUUUGAUAUCGAAGAGUGCCAGGACACGUCUUCACCCUACGAAAUGAUGCUGCCCGGUGAGGCGCGCUUCGCCGACUAUGUGGGCGGCCUGGGCAUCAGCAACAGUACACACGUGGUGGUGUAUGAUGGUGACCACCUGGGCUCCUUCUAUGCGCCCAGGGCCUGGUGGAUGUUCCGUGUGUUUGGCCAUCGCACCGUGUCCGUGCUCAAUGGUGGCUUCCGGAACUGGCUGAAGGAGGGCCACCCAGUAACAUCGGAGCCUUCACGCCCAGAGCCGGCCAUCUUCAAAGCCAAACUGGACCGUUCCCUGCUCAAGACCUACGAGCAGGUGCUGGAGAACCUCAAAUCUAAGAGGUUCCAGCUGGUGGAUUCACGGUCCCAAGGGCGCUACCUGGGCACUGAGCCAGAGCCGGAUGCAGUAGGACUGGACUCAGGGCACAUCCGUGGCGCCAUCAACAUGCCAUUCAUGAACUUCCUGACGGAAGAAGGCUUUGAGAAGAGUCCUGAGGAGCUCCGUGCCAUGUUUGAGGCCAAGAAGGUGGACCUCCAGCAGCCCCUCAUUGCCACCUGCCGAAAGGGUGUCACCGCCUGCCACAUUGCCCUGGCCGCCUACCUCUGCGGCAAGCCUGAUGUAGCUGUCUAUGACGGCUCCUGGUAUGAGUGGUUCCACCGGGCCCCCCCGGAGACGCGUAUGUCCCAGCGGAACGGUGAGAAGGCCUGAGCAGGGCCCCGUCUGUCACCUGCUGUAACUCUGGCAAGUUUAGUGGCCCCGGCAUGACCUGCAGCUAGUUUAUACUUCUCUGGUGAAGGAGAUUAAUCAGUUUUUAAAAUAGCUGU